UUUAAAUAAUGAUUGCAGAAGAUUUUGAACGUGCCUAGUACACGUAUUGAAGAGGAUCUAAAGAUAUAAGUGCAUUUUAGUAAUUUUUCAUUUGUUUUUCUAAAACCGCCUCUUGAAAUGGUAGUCAGUUCCAAUGAUACACAAAAUGUUGUUUUACACGACAUAGGGGUAAAUUUGCUUCUCUGCACGUCUUGCCUUCGCAUUUCUAUUUGGAACAUUUUGAAAUGGCUGGUGGACGGAAAGAACUCGUGGAAUACCUUGAAAACUUGGGAAUCACUUCAGAAACGGUGGAACAUCCCGCAGUUUUCACCGUGGAAGCCAUGAUGCCGUAUAUCGGCCAUCUCCCAGGAGCGCACAGCAAGAAUCUUUUCUUGAAGGACAAGAAGAAAAAACGCUUAUGGCUCUUCACGGCUUUGGCGACUCGCGAGAUCAACUUGAACGAUCUUGCCAAAAAAGUCGGAGCAAGUGGAGGAUUUCGGUUUGCAGAUGAAGCAGUUAUGUUGGAAAAACUUGGUGUCGGACAGGGUUGCGUGACACCCCUAUCUCUGUUCAACGACACCCAUCAAGAAGUCACGUUCUUACUAGACGCAAGUUUUGUGGAGGAUAAUCACGAGAAAGUGCAUUUCCAUCCGAUGACUAACGAAGCAACAACAAGCAUGAAACCCGAAGAUUUCAUGAAAUUUGUCAAAGCAACCGGGCAUGAACCAAUCAUUGUGCACUUCUAGAAUCACUGUUAGUGGGAACGUUGCUAGUGGACACGAGUCUGAAUUGUGUACAAAAUGUGUUCGAAAUUUGUUACGUGUACACAAAAGUAACGUAAUCAAUUAUUUAGGAUUACUUUUUUAUCUGAACCAUGAGGCAGUCCCUCUCUUUCAGCGCAAUCCUCAGCAUGGGGUCAUAAAAUUGGCAAAAGGCAAUUUCUUUGCAAAAAAACCGUGCCUUAGAGGAGUGAGACACGUGGACAAAUGUGACACUAACUGGGAAUUUUUCUUAGACUAUAAUAAUGAUAAUUUCGCAGAUGACUGCUGAACUAGUGACUUACUCCAAAGGUUAUACUGGGAAAGAGGGAUUUCAAAUAAUCUAUUUGUAAAUCAGUCCUUGUAUUACAGACAUGUACCAACAUCGUCAAAAUUAUGGUAGCAUUUUGAUUCUUAGUUGAAAUCCAGAAAGAAGACUACUUUGUCAUGUACUUAGUGCACUAGUCAAAGUAAAUACUGCAAUUUCAGGACGAUUACCCGCGGGUAAUCCGUUAAUUUUUCCACAAACAGUUGUUAGUGCAGGUUAUAGGAAGGUGCGGGUAAUACGAUAAUUUUUAAAGCUUAUAAGUCUUAAAACUAUAAGCAGGAAAAAACCAGAGAUGAUAAGAUGCGCUAAAGAUACUCUUUAAAAAACCUCUGUAAUAACUCGUUUAUUUCGUGCAGAUUGCACGUUACAAUAAGAGACUUUAAAACUCUCGAUGAAAGCUGAUGCAAAUCGAAAACAUACAAAACUCGAUUCAAAGCUUUUAUCUUGUUUGUACUCUUACUUUCUUACCUUUUCAAUUUCACAACUUGUUUCUUUUUAAUUUCAAAAAACAAUUCUCACUUAUACGGGAAGCAAACUUGAUAUUAAAAGACUUUAAUUGUGAAAAUUUGAGCAAUUCACACGGAAAAUGAUGCGACAUGUUCAUUUCGUGGCGCCGCAUAAUUAAUGACGCGAGAUAAUUUUUGACGCACAAGUGAAAUUUCUUAGCUGGCAUUGCCUUGAGUGAAAGACUAAUUUCCCGUUUCAAGGGAUUUAUUCGACUUAUAGAUCUUGAGAUAUCGAUUUUUUUAGAACAGAUUUUUACAAGUGGUAUCAUUCUCAAUGAAAAAGCAAAGACAAAAAGUGUGAAAAUUUAUUAGUUGCACGCUAAAGGUAUCAUGUUAACAAAAUCAAUGAAGGAACUUUGUGCGAGUCGACGAUUUCCUCUUGUUUUUGGGUGCGGGUUAUCUGCCAGUGCGGGUAAUCUGUUGAAACUUUUUUCUCGUUAUUGCAAAAAUUGACCGAUGCGGGUAAUCUGCCAUACGGGUAAAUGAACGGAAAUUACAGUACUCACUCCUCACCCCUCAUUCCUCUUUCCUUCUCCCCAGGUUAUGUGGGGCUUUGUUUACCAUUAGCAGCUUUUUGCCCCCAUUACGUAGAGAAUCCAUGUUUUUGUUGUCUGUCUGUGGGAAUGUAGGGCAGUGGUUGGAAUUCCAUGAAAUAUGUACACACGAUGGUGGCUACUCUUCCUGCACAGAUUUAUGGAGUUUGUAAGAUGAAAUUAAAGUCUGCUUUUGCAAAGAUUUGAAAUAAGAUGAAUAGUGUUGUAAAGUAACGCUGUUAUGAGAGAGUUAAAAUUUUAUUCCAAAAGUGUCUU